GGACGCGGGGGCGGGGCCUGCGCCAGGCGCUCAGGCGCCGCUCCGGCCACCUCUGCGGGGUCCUCGGAGAGGCGGCGCGCUGGCCUGAGGGAAGAUGGCGGCCCCCUGGUGGCGGGCCGUGCUGAACGGCAGUCGGAGUUGGCAGGGCUUCAGCACCUCAGCCGCCCUGAGCCGCCGGGCCGCUCCUCUGGGGCCGAUGCCCAACGAGGACAUCGACGUGAGCAACGUGGAGCGGCUGAAGAAAUACCGCAGCUUCGACCGCUACCGGCGCCGGGCGGAGCGGGAGGCGCGGGACGCGCACUGGUGGCGGACGUACCGGGAGCAUUUCGGGGAGGAGUCAGAUCCCAAAGACAAGGUUGACAUUGGGUUGCCUCCACCUAACGUCUGCCGGACCAAACAGUUGUUGGAACGGAAACAGGCCCUGCGGGAGCUGCGGGCCAGUGUGGAGGAGGAACGGGCUGCUCGCCUCCGCACAGCAAGCAUUCCCGUGGAGGCCGUGCGGGCCGAGUGGGAGAGAACCUGUGGCCCCUACCACAAGCAGCGUCUGGCCGAAUACUAUGGCCUCUAUCGGGACCUCUUCCACGGGGCCACCUUCGUGCCCCGAGUCCCCCUGCAUGUGGCCUAUGCCAUAGGCGAGGACGACUUGGUACCUGUUUACUAUGGCAAUGAAGUCACUCCAACUGAGGCUGCCCAGCCCCCGGAGGUGACCUAUGAGGCAGAUGAGGGCUCCAUGUGGACGCUGCUGCUCACCAACUUGGAUGGACACCUGCUGGAACCAGACGCCGAGUACGUGCACUGGCUGGUCACCAACAUUCCGGGCAGCAGGGUAGCUGAAGGACAGGAGACGUGUCCCUACCUCCCCCCCUUCCCCGCCCGAGGCUCCGGCUUCCACCGCUUUGCCUUCCUUCUCUUCAAGCAGGACAAGCCAAUUGACUUCUCCGGGGACACCCGGCCCUCACCCUGCUACCAGCUUGCCCAGCGGACCUUCCACACUUUUGAUUUCUACAAGAAACACCAAGACGCCAUGACCCCAGCUGGCCUGGCCUUCUUCCAGUGCCGCUGGGAUGACUCAGUCACCCACAUCUUCCACCAGCUGCUGGACAUGCGCGAGCCUGUGUUUGAGUUUGUGCGGCCCCCUCCUUAUCACCCUAAGCAGAAGAGCUUCCCCCACCGGCAGCCCCUGCGCUACCUGGACCGCUACAGGGUCGGUCAGGAACCCACCUACGGCAUCUACUAACUGACCGGAGUGCCCCACCUCAGGGCGCACUGGGUUCCUCAGGCCACCCUGCUGGGCUCUGCAGGCGGGGGCGAUAGAGACUCAGCGCCAAGGGGCCAAGCACCGGGCUUCUCCUGCCUGAGGCCGCCUGCUGCCACCCUCCCAGCAGGCUCAGGGCGUGGGGGGGAAGAAGGCUGGGGGUAGGGUUUCCAAUAAAGAUUUUUGCUGUA